GGAGUUCAACUUCGGCGCGCGCGAAGGUUGGCGGGUAAAAGCUCGUAAGCCGUCAUGCCGCCGAAAAAGAAACAAAACGAACCCGGUAAAAAAACUGUGGAAAAAAAGAAAGAGAAGAUAAUCGAGGACAAAACUUUUGGAUUGAAAAACAAGAAGGGGAAAAAGCAGCAGACGUUCGUGAAGCAAGUCACCCAGCAGGUCAAAUAUGGUGGAAAUCCAAGCGCGAGAAAGCUUCUACAGGAACAAGAAAAGAAAAAGCUUGAAAAAACCAAAGGAGAGACAGAUGAAGUUACAAGUACCUUGUUUAAACCUGUCAUUACCCAGAAAGUGUCUGCAGGUGCUGACCCACGCUCUGUGCUAUGUGCAUUUUUUAAGCAAGGCCAGUGUGGAAAAGGGGACAAGUGCAAGUUCUCCCAUGAUCUAAACAUGGAGAGAAAAGGAGAAAAAAGGAGUUUAUAUGUUGACCAACGGGAUGCUGAAGAUGAUCUCAAAAAUGAUACUAUGGAUAAGUGGGAUCAACAAAAACUUGAGGAGGUGAUUGAGAAAAAACACGGGGCAAAGGAAAAGACUAUGCCUAAAACAGAAAUUGUUUGCAAAUAUUUUCUUGAAGCUGUAGAGAAAAACCUUUACGGUUGGUUUUGGAGCUGCCCAAAUGGGGGGAAAUGCAUCUAUAGGCAUGCAUUACCACCUGGCUACGUGUUAAAAAAGAAGCAAGAAAAAGAGGCUUCAGAAAAAGAUGAAAUUUCUAUAGAGGAGCUAAUUGAAACAGAGAGAACAAGGCUGGGCACCAAUCUUACAAGAGUCACAUUAGAAACCUUUCUUGCAUGGAAACAAAGAAAGAUAAAAGAGAAGAAAGACACAUAUGAAAAGGAACAAGCUCAAAAGAAAGACGCCUUCAAAUCUGGCAGAAUUAUAGGAAAGGUCAGCGGCCGUGAUGUGUUUACAUUCAGACCAGAGCUGGUCGAUGAAGAUGAUGAUGAGGUCACUGAGGACUUCAGCAUUUACAGGAAAAAGGAAGAGGAUGAAGAUGGUGUUGAGGUGUCAAUAGAGACUAUGGCUUUGGCUGCAAGAGAAGCGGAUGGAACAGGAACUGCAGCUGCUGACAAAUCAUUCAGUCGUCUGCAAUCUGAAAACAACCCCACAGAGGAUACCAACUCGAAUCAGAACCCAGAUACCUCUACCACUGAUGUAAACGGUCUUGAAGAAGCUUGUGGUGGCACACUGGAACAAGAACCAGCGCCAGAUGAAGCACCACCUAUAGUGGAUGGCAUUCCUAUUGAAGAAAGUUUAUUUGACGAGGAUUUAGAUGUUGAACUGGACGAUCUGGAAAUUGUUGAUUAAUUACAAUAUAAACUUGAGUGCUCUUAUAGUUCUUAGGCCAAAUCGAGAGAACUCAGAGACAACGCUUUAAUUUCUGGAAUAUGUUCAGAUGUACUGUAGUAUUAUGUCAGCUGGCCAGACGUGAAUACUGGACUGUGCUUGCAAGGGAAUACCAUCAUCACCCUCAUGGCACAGUAAAUAAUAAAAAGUGCAAAAAACCAA